AUGGGCCCAGUCCGGUCUUUACGGCGUACGAACCCGCUCACAUUGAUCGUGGGUGUGGUCUUAUGUAUCAUCAUUUUCGUAUUUCUAUUCUCACCAUCAAAUGUCGACGACGCAGCAUCGCAAUUAAGAAGAGCAAGCGCAGCAUCCAAUCCUCUCUCACCACCCACAUCUCCCUUUCGGAAACAGAAUGAGGCUACGAAGAGUGGGAAACGCAUACCACCACCUGUCAUUCAUUACCAUAUGAAUAAUGUCACCAGUACCGCCGAUCCUUUAGGAAAUCGAGAGAUGGUUCUCAUCUUGACACCUUUGGCAAGAUUUUAUCAAGAUUAUUGGGAUAACCUAUUGAAGCUUUCAUAUCCGCAUGAGCUCAUUACUCUCGCUUUUAUCAUUCCAAAGAAUAAAGAAGGAAAUGCCGCUACAGCAGCUUUGCAGGAGCAGGUUACGAAAACUCAAAAGUCUGGACCGGAAAAGAAUCGAUUCGCGAGUAUUAUUAUUGAACGACAAGACUUCGAUCCACCUCUUGUAUCUCAAUCAGAAGCUGAAAGACAUAAGAUGGAGAAUCAAAAGGCAAGAAGAGCUGCAAUGUCAAGAGCCAGAAAUUCUCUCCUUUUCACUACUCUUGGGCCUUCCGUGUCUUGGGUUCUGUGGUUAGAUUCGGAUAUCGUUGAGACUCCUCCGAGUUUGAUUCAAGAUUUGGCUUCUCACGACAAAGCCAUCAUUGUGCCAAAUUGUUUCCAAAGAUAUUACGAUAGCAAAGAUAAAAGAAUGUCAGAACGCGCCUAUGAUUUCAACAGCUGGCAGGAUAGUGAUGUUGCACGAAAACUUGGGGAAUCAAUGGGACCUGAUGAUAUUUUAUUAGAGGGUUAUGCUGAUAUGGCUACAUACCGACCAUUGAUGGCAUAUCUUGCCGAAGAUUCUGGAGAUUCCAGGGCCAUCAUCCCACUUGAUGGAGUAGGAGGAACAGCAUUAAUGGUUAAGGCAGAGGUACAUCGUGAUGGAGCCAUGUUCCCACCUUUUGCUUUUUAUCAUUUAAUAGAAACGGAAGGUUUUGCGAAAAUGGCAAAGAGAUUGGGUUGGGAUGCUUUUGGUUUGCCUAAUUAUAAGGUCUACCACUAUAACGAGUGA